CGUACAAAAGCCUCUCUCUCCCUCUCUCUCUCCCGUUCGAUUCCCUUCUUCUUGUUCGCAAGUAUUGACAAACUUGAAAGCUCCCAAACUCCCAUUCAAGAUUCAACGUCCCUCUCGAUCCAGAGGUUUUUCUAGGGUUUAGCCCAAUCCCAAACUUCAACCUCUCUCUUUUUUUUUCUUUUGCUCGUUCGCAAAUCGGAUCGAAUGGUGGUACGAGAGCCGCCGUAUCUCUGAGCUCAGCCUCUGCUCGCCGGUGAUUCUAUUGGAUCGUAAAAGCGUGGAUUUCACCGGGAAAGACGGAGGCAUCGAUGAUUUAUUGCGGGUAGAUAAUGUGGGUUUAAGAGGACUUUCACCAAGAAUGUUGGUUUUGAAUGUACUGCUUUGGGUGGCCUGAUAUGAGGGGUUGAAUAUGACCAAUGGGGUUGGGGAGAGUGGAAGAGAGCAUGAACAACACAAUAGAAUGCAGAGAAUAUCGAGCGGUGAUGAAUUUGCAAAAUCAAUUGCGAAGAUUGCUGUAGUGCAAGUAUGUGAGAUAGUGGGGUUUCAGACAUUCCAGUUGUCUGCUCUCGAAACGCUCUCUGACGUUGCUGUUCAGUACAUUCAUAACAUCGGGAAGACUGCGCAUUUAUAUGCUAAUUUAGCUGGAAGAGUGGAAUGUAAUGUUUUUGAUAUCAUUCAAGGGUUGGAAGAUUUGGGCGUGGUGCAGGGAUUUAUAGGUGCUUCAGACGUUGAUCAUUGUCUUGCAAAUUCGGGGGCGGUUAGGGAAAUUGCUCAGUAUGUUGCUGAAACCGAGCAUAUUCCAUUUGCCUACUCUAUUCCUCAAUUCCCAGUUGUUAAGGACCGAAAGCUGACUCCUAGUUUUUGGCAAAGAGGGGUAGAGACGCCUGGAGAGCAUAUACCUAGUUGGUUGCCUGCUUUUCCUGAAUCCCAUACAUAUGCUCAGUCACCAAUAUCCAAUGAGAGAGCUAUAGAACCUCACACUGAUAUGAUUGAGCAAGAAAAACAACAGAGAAAUGUGGAGCGGUCUCUGUACAAUUUGCAGCGGAGGCUUUUAUACAAUGGGUUGGAGGGACCUUCUGUUGGCCCUGAAGAUGCUGAUAAGGCAAAACAAGCAAGAGAAAGUAACCCUUUUCUUGCUACACCUCUGCAAUAUGGGGAGACAGAAAUAUCUCAUGUUGCUCUUCCAGCUAAACUUUCAAGUGAAGCCACAGCACGAAUUGUUGUUGCUGAGAACCAUGUCCUGAAUCAGUCUUCACUGCUGGAGACCUUUGCUCCAGCUAUUGAAGCAGUGAAGAGUGGAUCGUGUGAAUCAGAGGAGGGGGGGAAAGAGAUUCUUUUGAGCAGGAGACCAAUUGUGCAAUUUAAGGUUGGAACCGCGAAGAAGUCCUUUGAUACUAGGUUUCAUUUGAGCCCACAAAACAAGGGUUUUCAGAAAACUGAUUCCUGGUUUGAAAGAGAAAAUGAGAAGGAUGUAAAGAAAAGGAGGGCUGAGAAGAUUCUGAAGGAUUCCAUGGAAAACCAAGAGGAGCUUGCGGAGUUGUAAAUUAGGUUGUUUUUCGACUAGAAUUCGUACACUUGUUUUAGGAUACUAGCAGUGGAAGCGGGCUCGCAUGGUGUUGUCUGCAUCUGGACAUUGUAGAAUGGAUAUUACACAAUUCUGGAGGGAAUUUUCCCACUUUAACAAGUUUAAAGGUAUGUUAGUGUCAGUUGCAGUGAUACACCCAGUUAAUGAUUAUUUCUAAUUCAAAUUCUUUUGUUUUCGUUA